AAAGGAUUAGAAUCUUACUUACAAACUAACACUGUACAGGUUCGAAAAAACUUCCAUCAAAAAGAUAUGGCGUUUCAGGAUAUCGAGGGUCAUUUAAUGUACACGCUCAUCAGCAACAUUAUUGCUGCAGUGGGGACAAUGUUGUUGUGUACUUUUCAAAUCAUAAACCUGUUCAUCACUCCAGCAAGAUCUGAAAUAAGACGGCGCAUUUGUUGGAGUCUGACCGCUGGUUUUGUCGCCGCGGGAAUAUGUGUGAACUGCUAUUUCUUGUUGGACACCAGCGAAAGAUUUUCCCAUGCCUUACAAACAGCCCAGACCAGGAUAAGCAGUUCAUGUUCAGAAUAUGCACUCAAUCUGUCCAGCUGUUCAAUAACGCUUAAUCUAACUGAUGAGGAAGUCAAUAAAGGCGUUCAGUUUAACUCAGAAGAGCUUUCUCUUGUCAAAGAAAGAUUGACAGAUAGGGUAUUGGAACAAUCAAAGUUAUUGGCUCUAAACAUUACAAUAUACCAAGUUAUCUCAGGUGUCAAUAAGAUAAUUAUGGACCUCAAUACAGUGGUGGUUCGACACAAAAAUGCAACAGAAACCUUUGAAGAAGCGAUGCAAAAUUUGAUUGGUUCUCUAGACGAGAUGAAAAAGGUCCUGUUUAAAAAUUGUUUUGAAAAAAGUUCAAUUACAAAUGACCCAAAAAUAUCUGCCGAACUGUUUGACACAACUGUACUAAUAAUCACGUUUAAUAAAGGAUUAAGGAUGUUGCAAAAGAGUGCAGUUGACAUACACAACUUUACAGAUAUUAUCAAGAGUAAUUUAGAUGAUUACAAAGAAGCUUAUACAAUGCAUACAUUAAACAAGAGAUUUGAAAAUAUUACUCAGAGAAUCAACAUAACUGCCACAAAGGAUUGUAAAGAAGCUAUGGAAAAUGGCAAAUCAAAUAUCAAGGGCAUUGAAAAAAUUAAGGAUAUUGAGCAUUACAGAUGGACCACUUGCCUUUGGCUUACUAGUAGUCUAUUGGCUUUUGCAAUAGUCCUAUGCACCAGCAUAAUUUUAAAGGCAAAGAACUGUUUUGAGAAAGUACCAAAAUGCCCUGCCAGGUUAUUGAAACACAUUUCAAAUUGUAUAUGGAUUGUGGGAUUAUUCCUAUUGACAAUAGCCGUGUGCCUAAAUUUUUCAAAAAUGGCCUCACUCUCCUGCAUUUCGGUGAUAAAAUCAAGUUUCAAUCCUUUAGUUUACGAUUAUAAUCAACCUGAUUUUAUAAUGACACCCUUAGAAUCAGUGACUACAGAAAAAAUAACAUUGGAUUUAAUCAAACAAGCUGAGUUGCUUCAAAUAAUCUACAAAAUCCCAAAGCUUGAUGUUGUGCAGAAUGUAGUGGAUUCAAUUAACAAAAAUCUGUCUAUUGCGUCGUCACGAAGAUACACGUCCAAACAUUGUUUGGAUGAGCUUAGUUACUUUGUCGAAAAACAUCCAACACACAAUAUAGAUCCUAAUGUUUCACACUAUACUGAAAAGCUGAACAUGCUACUGCGUGAGGAUAUGCGUAAUUUGAACCUAUCAGCUAGUAUUUUGAAAACCGUGGUGGCGGAGGUCAAUCAGACUACUAUAAAAGUUAAUAAGCUUGUCGCAGACAAGUCCAACUUGGCCGUGAUGAUUGCUACAUCUAAUAUAAGUGAUGUUUUGUUCACAUUGUUCAAAGAACUACAGCAGAUAGUUACGCGGCAACAAAAUGUUAUAAUUAGUGAAUUUCAUAAAAAGAUGCAGGAUGGUUUCAAUCAUGCAAAUCACUCAAUGAAUACUUGUGUAAAUAAUAGUGAAAUUCUCUGCAAGGAAUUUACAGAGAUAGCGACUACGUGGUACAUCGCUUUCGUCGCGGCUCUUGUCUUGCUCAUAGCUUGCACAGCAAUGCAGAAUGUCUUACUAUGCUUGGCAAAGAACGCAGUUGCUCCACUUGCUGAUAGCACGAAGGAAGACCCUGAGGUUAAUGACGAUGCUGAUAAGAAAAAUGAAGAAAAGACAACCAACAAUGGUGAAGAGAGAGUUGAUGCUAAAGAAGUGGACGUGAAAGCUACAGAAAUUUGUGGAAAUAUAGAAGAUGGCAUAUUGAUUGACGAUACUGGUACUAAAAACGCAGUUGAUCCAUUUUAA